CUUCGACUCUGGCACUCCUAGUAUUAAGGUUUUCCACGACGUCGUAUCUUCCUGCACUACCUGACUCUUUUCUCACCAAGAAAGAAGUCAGGGAUGAUUCGGCGAGUGCGAUGCUGAAACCUCUAAGAGUAAGUCAACAGCUGCGGGUGCUGUGGAGUCACCAGCUGUGGGAGCGGGAUUGUUAACGUCUAUGGCGACCGGGCAACAUGAUGAUCCCUCCUACACGGCGAAGAACGAGCCAGAUCCUUUUGGCGGUCAGCACGGCAAUCCCUGUUUAAGAGAAGGUGUGUCUAAAGAGUUUAUAUGUGUAAAUUGUGCUAAGAGAAGGUGUGUCUAAAGCUAGACUUUGUGUAACUUGUGCUGUCAAAUGUUGUAGUUCAUUAUUGCUGGAGUUCAAACUUUUUUUUGAAUUUGACAAUUGAAGAAGCUGUGUCUAAAGAAGCUAGACAUUUGAAUCUGAUAAGUAUACUACUAAGGACCUAAAGCUAAAGAGUACGUCUUCUUAACAGGUACUAUCAUCUACCUAAAGCUAAAGAGUACCCGUCUUUUUAACAGGUACUAUCAUCUACCUAAAGCUAAAGAGUACCCGUCUUUUUAAAAACAGGUACUAUCUUCACUAUCAUCUUUCUUACUGAACAAGUACUACCACUAUCAUCUUUCUUACAUGAUUGCACCCCUUUAAGACUCUUCACUAUCAUCACUAUCAUCACUAUCAUCACUAUCAUCACUAUCAUCACUAUCAUCACUAUCAUCUUACAUGAUCCCACCUCGGCCUCUAACGCUCUGUGGUCGUAGAUCAGAUCAGAUGUGGCUAAAUCGCUUGGCGUGGAACGCGGCUCAUUCAAACACGGAAGCAGAUGUCAGCGCUUUUGAGCAAGCACUUGUUCGGGAGGUUUCCGAUCGCUUGCAGCUAUUCGUGCGUGUCCGUCUCGUGGCUGAAGAGGACGAGAAGAAGCAGACUGCAGGAACUGGGACAACUGUGUGGUCUGCUGAAGAGGACGAGAAGAAGCAGACUACUGGGACAACUGUGUUUAAGGGUUGGAAGUUGACCUAUCAUCUAAGAGCAUCUCUAUGGCUUCUCCCAGUAGGAAAGCCAUAGAUAUGCGAGCUAGAGACGCCAACUUUCAACCGCUAACGUGUCCUCUGCGAGAAGUGCUGGGACUGUGUCCUCUGCGAACGUCGAUGCGAGCGUUGGGGAUGAAGAAAAACAUCCGUAUACAGAGGUAUGAGUGUGACAUCCGUGCUAUACAAAGGUAUGUUGAGUGUGGGGUAAAAAGUAGUGUUGGUGGUACUGUCAGACUGGAUGGCCUCAUAAGUAGACACUUAUAGCUACAGAAGAGGUGCCAUGACAUGACAUGUCAGUCAGUGCUACGAACUCUUACUGUCGUCGCUAGAACUAGAAGAUUAUGAUUAUAUUCUCGACCUCAGAAGUUGUCUGUCAAUUCUAAGAACCGGUCAAAACCAUUACGAUUUUGGCGUGGAAGGCUUUCGUGCUCAGGUUGCUGCCACGGUCACAGGUCACAGUUCUAAAGUCAUGCCGUUGAAUAUCUGGCGGCAAAUAGUGGGACGAUAUGGCCGCAAGAACGCAGAAAGGUUUUUGGACUACCAUUUUCCGUUUCUUGCAAAACGAA